AUGUUCGACAAGGUAUUGGUGGCUAAUCGCGGCGAGAUUGCCACUCGCAUCAUCCGUACGUGCCAGCGCAUGGGCAUCGCGACCGUGGCGGUAUUUUCCGAAGCCGACGCCGGCGCCCUGCAUACCAGGAUGGCCGACCAAUCGGUGUGCAUCGGAGGCGCCGCGGCGAAGGACUCCUAUCUCAACGUCGACGCGGUUCUGGACGCCUGCCGCUCCACCGGCGCCAACGCAAUCCACCCGGGGUACGGGUUCCUCUCGGAGAACAGCGACCUGUGCCGGCGCUGCAAGACGGAAGGCGUGGUAUUCAUCGGACCGGGCGAAGAAGUGCUCUACCAGAUGGGUGACAAACUGUCCGCCCGGCGCGUCGCCCGGAAAUCCGGCCUGCCGGUCAUGCCCGGCACCGAGGAGCCGGUCAGCGACGACGAGGCCAUCGCCAAGGCGUGGGAGCUGGGUUUCCCCAUGAUGGUCAAAGCCGCGGCCGGCGGCGGCGGCAUCGGUAUCCACGUGGUCCAUUCAAUGGCCGAGCUGGAACCGAUCAUCGAACGAACCCGCAAGACCGCCCAGGCAGCCUUCGCGGAUUCCAGCCUGUUUUACGAGCGCUACCUGGAGGGGGCGUCUCAUAUUGAAGUCCAGCUGAUAGCCGACCAGUACGGCAACGUGCUGCACCUGCACGAGCGGGACUGCUCCAUCCAACGUCGCAACCAGAAGCUCAUCGAGGAAACCCCGGCAUCGGCCAAGUUGCCGGGCGAUGUCAGGGAGCAGAUCGGCCGUCUUGCCCGACAGCUCGGCCGGGAAGUCGGUUACACGAACGCCGGAACCGUGGAAUUCCUGGUCACCCCGGAUGGGCACUUCUACUUCCUGGAGAUGAACCCCAGACUUCAGGUGGAACACGGAGUCAGCGAGCUGCUGACCGGCAGGGACAUAGUAGAGCUGCAAUUGCAGUGCGCGGCAGGGACCCGGUUCACGAUGCGCCAAAGCGACAUCGUCGCCAAUGGUCACGCCAUCGAAGCCCGCGUGUAUCCGGAGGAUCCUGACACCUGCCUGCCCCGCGUGGGCGUGGUGACCGGCCUGGGGUUGCCCGCAGGGUGA